AUGAACCCGUCGAGUCUCCUGCCGCACGUGGACGAGCUCGUGAUGGAGUAUCUGUUGUUUCGAGGCUUUACUAAGAGCUUUCAAGUGUUUAGUGCCGAGCGCAAACGUGAUCGUACACGAGGCUUUGACGUGGAACAAAUUGUUUCUCAGCUGCUAAUUGCAAUACAAACUUAUCAGAUCGAAUCAGUAUUAGAGACGUGGAAAUUUUUAACUGCACGUUUUUUUAAUCAUUUGGACGCAUCCUACGCUUCGACAUUGCAGCAAUUGGAGACAUCAUUGCUGAGACUUUACGUGGUCAAUGCUGUCAAAUCUGGACAUCGAGAGAAAGUGGUCGAAUUCUUUCAGCUGUACGCGGACAACUUGAACGCUUCUGUGGCAGCUACAGGAGGUGGAGGCUCGGACUCGUGGAGUCGCUGGUUCAUUUUGCCAUAUAUCGAGCACCCAGAGAGCGACCCGUACUUUGAAUUGUUCUUUGGCCAGUCGUGGUUGAUAGCCUUCGUGACGUCGUUCCGCAAUUUUUUAUCGCUCGUUUUCCGAAAUUUGCCACUGCCAAAAUUGCUGGCUUUUCAGCUGGCUAGAUUGGAAGAGCCGACGCUAAAAUUGCGCCUUAAGGUAAGCCAUUCAGAAGCUGCAAGACUUCGGCUAUACAACAGCGAAGCGAUGGCCAAGAUAAAAAAACUAGAGGAAGCUGGGCGACAAUUGCAUUCAAUUCUUCGCAAGAUGGUGCAGCACAGUAUGAUGGAACACUUUUCGCCGUCUGGCUAUGUGGAUAUGACGAGUGAUAGGAAUAAAAGCAGGAGUCGCAGCCGCAGCUAUGGCGCAGCAGCAACGAGUAUAGGACUCUCGCAGAAGCAGUUGAAAGACAUGUGGGAGCUGUUUGGUGUCAUUAACGAGGACGGUCCUCAUGUAGAUUUUGAGCCCGUUGAUUCACGCGACAUCCCACGUGUUGCAGAGGUGUACCUGCCUGCUGAUGAGCUGAGUGAUGAAGAGAUUCCCGGUCGAGAUGACGAAAAGGGCGAAAAAAUCGCGGACGCGCCAAGACAUGAAACUGGAGCUGAUAGCGACCUAAUGACACCCAUGUUUUCUCCAAUUGCCACGUCUUCGAGUCCUUUGGCUGAAAACUUACACAACGACCAGCCACCGCCGCAGUGGUCUAGUGACGCAUCUGAAAAACUGAACGACAACAUUCGGGCAUCGUUAAUCCGCGAAUUUAACAUGCUUAACGAUUGGAAACCAACGAAGUCAAUGAUGACUGCGAGGAGCCGUUUCUCCUCAGACGGCCAGUUUCUUGCUAUCGCAAAGCUUGGCAAUACCCACAUUGACAUUUGGAAUGCAGAUCCAGCAGCCCUUUCUCUGAUCUCUACGAUUGAGCUACCGGCAAGACUGACUAGUCUGAGUUGGUUGGGUCCGAGCUCAAACAAACAGCUCCUGGCGUGUACUGUGGAAGGAGGCGAGAUGAUGUUGUGGGAUACUGACGGACAGGAAGUUAUUGCGUGUCCGUCAAACGAGAAAGACUUGCAAACUCAACAGCUUAUGUGUGCUCGAGAGGCACCCAUUGCUGCGUGUCUGCUCACAAGUCGUGAUAUAGACGACAAUUCCAUACAACAAAUCCUUGUUUUGCAUGGAGGUAUGGAGGAGCCCAUGCAAGAUUACUUUUCUAUGGAAGGAAAGCAACUUACGUGCUUAGCUUGGAACAAUUCGGGGAAUGUACUGAUUACUGGAAGUAUAACGGGGAACAUUGAGUUUAUAGACGUGAUCCGCCCAGAGCGGAUACACCGGUGCAAUCUGGAUUCCUGCAGGGGCUCCGCACGCACUAAAGAUGGUAAUUUAUCAGCCAUCUGCCUGUCCCCUGAUGGAACGUCGAUGUUGAGUGUUACGGGCAGUGUUGUGAUGGAAUGGUAUGUCACGCCAAUUAUGAUUGCUGUCGCCUCUCACAGUGAUGCGUCUAGCGAUGUUAGAGGAAGCGUAAUCGAUGUGAAGCCGACACUGGAGUGUACGUACGAAAUGGACAAGCCAUUAGUCUUCCGCGAAGCUGAGGUAGACACGUCGAUACGUUUUGUUGGGACGGGUGAUUAUUUUGUGGUUGCUGAUUCUGCUGCUCUAUUCAUCUUUAAACGUGGCGAGGAACGCGCUAUCUUGACUUUUUUACCAAAUCAAGCUACUAUUGCGGAUUUAGACUGUCACCCAAACCUACCUAUGAGUUGCUCUGCUAGCCAGGAAGGUACCAUUUCACUGUGGAACAUGAAGGAAACUUGA